AUGGUCCGGCGCUUCUGGCCCGGCGACCCCGCGCCCGCCUUCGUCGACGUGCGCGCCGCGUGCGGCUCGAUCAACCUGACGGGCGGCUGGCAGCGCUGCCGGCUGGUGGGCGGCGGCAGGGGUGCAGGGUUUGCCGAGCUGCGGGGCCUGAACCUCUCCAGCUGCGCGGGGCGCACCAUCAGCGGCUUCACCAAGAGCCACUGGGGCCUCACCAUAAAGGUCUGCCCCGCCGGCGCGCCGCUCCGCCGCUCCGCGGCGCCGGCGGCGCCCGCCGGCAGGCCGGCGCUGCCAGCGCCCAUGCGCGUGGAGGAGGGUAGCCUGGUGCACCGGGCCCUGGUGGCGGGCGGGCAGCCGGUCCUGGUGGUGCAGCACGCAAGCGCCAAGACACCGCAGCGGCCCCCUGCAUCGUCGGCGGCGGCGCAUCCACUUGCCAGCAUGACUCUGCGCCCGCGCGAGGGUCGGCGGCGGCUCGGCUGCUCUAAUUACCAGGCGCAGGUGGCGGCCCGCUGCGUGCACACAGCGGCGGUGCGGUCGUCGCGCCCCAGCGCGCCCGGCUUUCAAGGGGGUGGCGGUGGCGGGCAGAGGGGCGAGAGCAGCCCACCGGUGAAGCGCCUUCAGCGGGGACCCCACGAGUGGAGCCGCGCCCCAGCGGUGGAGGAUGCAGGCACCCUAGACAGCGAGGCCGCGGCGCGCACCGCGUGGCGGGCCGCGACACGCGCGGCGCGGAACGCCCGCGCCGCGGCGCGAGAGAGGGAGCAGGAGCCGCAGGCGAGGGAGGAGGCGCGAGCGGCGGAGCGGCGCCAACCAGCAGCGCAGCGCAAGGCGAAGGCUGCGGCCGUGCUGGCAAAAAGCGCCGCUGCACAGGAUGCAGGGCAAGGGCGGCAAGACGAGCUGCAGGUUCCUGAGCAGCCCGUUAAGCGGCCUCAUGGCCAGCCGUGCAAGACGCCGCCUGGAUUUCCCAUGGCUGCAGCGGCAGGCGGUGCUGCACCAAGCAUUGGCCACUCUCCCUCGUCCGCCGGCAAGGCCACAAGCGUGCAGGGGUCUGGCCAAGGUAGCGCGGCGCGCCACAGCAGCAGCGGCGGCGACGCUGGGUGCGGCAGCGGCGGCGGAACGCCCAGCCGCGGCGUCGACGCGUGUGCGGCACCCGCGACCGGCGCCGCAGCUCUUUUGAACCCCGCCACUGGAGCUGCAGUGCAAGCGCUGCCGGCUGCGCAGCAGUCGCACGAGCAGCGGCAGGCAGGGCGGGCAGGGCAGGGCGAAGGCCAGGGCCACGGCGCGGUGCUGCAGCAGCCAGAGUCGGGAGGAGACGAGCAGCAGCAGGCGGUGCUGCAGCUGCCAGACGCGUCGCAGCUGUGGCAGGCGUACGGGGCGCUGGCCAGGCUGGGGCUCGAGCUCGGGGCAGGUUUGGACCUGCUGGAGGCCCUGGACCGCGGCGCGCGGCGCGCCGAGGGGGACGCCGACGCGGAGCGUGCGUUCCUUCUGGUGUACUACCGGCCGGUGCAGAUGGCGGCGAGAGCGGGGCGGGACGCGGCGCGGCGCGCGUUUGAGGGGUUGGCGCGGGGCAUGGGCGGCGGCGCAUGA